AUGCCGUCAUCUCUCCCGGACCCUGUCCUGGCUUUGUCGAUGGACAACGUGCAGAAGCUCAACGAUCUCGACCUAGAUCAGCUCGCCAACCUCUGGAAUGUCUUCACCAAGUGCAAGGAGUCGCUCGAAUCGGGCCGACGCCUCGAGAACCUCUCGUGGCGGCUCUGGUUCCGAGAGGCGCACCUCCUCCCCCCGGACGUCGCACUCUCUGACCUGACCGACUUCACCCCGCUCGACACGCCUCUGCUGAGCCGCGCCAACAGCGUGGCAGGCAGCUAUCAGCAUUCGAGGCUGUCGUCCCUGCUCGGCCAGGCCAGCGCCGCGCUCUCGGAUCCCGAGCCCGAGUCGGACUCGUCUUCGGACAGCGACGCCGAGGCAGCCGCCGCCACGGCCGCAUCGAGCAGCCGGCAAGCGAACCUCGCCCCUGCCCGACGGAAGAAGGCAGCCACAAAUGACAGGGCCGCUGCUCAGACAAGCCCGCGGAAGGAGAGGACGCAGCCCGAGGCCGGGCCCAGCCGGCAACAGCGCAAAGCGAGAGCCAGCCGCAGCAGCGGUGGCAACAGCAGCGUCAAGCAGGCCAGCCGGAGGGAUGUCGAGGUCUCCGGAUCACUCUCGCAGCAGCAGCAGCAGCAGCAGCAACAGCAGUCGAUGGCCGAGCAGGCCAGCGAACGCGACUCGCUCUGGGACCGGAAGCGCGCCGUCUCGUCGUCUUCGGCCUUUGGCAGCCGCGCCAGGGUCAAGCAGCGCAACCAGAGCGUCUCGCGCAGGCGGCCCCUCAGCUUCCAGAUGGCCAUCGAGAGCCUCUACCUCGAUAGCACCAGCCGCGACAGCCUCAGCGCGCUCGUGCGCACGGCGCGUCCGGGCCUUUCGCGGAUGUCGUCCGAGAUGAUUUCGAGCACCGGCGCCAUCGACGCGCCCCAGCGGCCAUCAUCGGGCGAUGCCUUUGAGGCCGCCGAGCGCUUCAGUGCGCCGGCCGAAUACAGCUCCACGGCUGCGUCGUCGGCCCACUCGCCGGCUGCAAUCCAGCGGACAGAGGCAGCAGCCUUCGGCCGCUCGGUUGAGCCCUGCCGCGCCCCCGAGACCGCCGGACCGAUGUCGCCCUCCAAGAUGAACAUCGCCACUGCCCCGACCGUUGGUGCCAUCUCGCGGACCGCCUCGCCCGGCCCGGUCGCCGCAUCGUCCUCGGCCGCUCUUAGCCAGCACGAUGAGGAGGCCGCCCGGCUGAUGCCGCCUCCGGCGUCGAUUCCUCCCAAGGCAUCCAAGCCCACCAGCGAGGCGCAGGCCAGCGCCCACGCCGGCAGCCGGCAGCCGAGCUCUACCACGAAGCGCAAACCGGCACCGUCGGCCGAGGACCUGGAGCAAACCGCUGCGCAGGACGCGGCACCUUCGAGCGCUGCCGCCGCAGCAGCGCAGCCCGUCGAGGAGCAGAAGCAGCGCAUCGGAGGUGCCAGUGCCGCCUUCUACCUUGCCAGCCCCGAGUCGAGCAGCAGCGUCGCGAGCAACCGCCGCCCCUCGGAGGCCAAUGGCAGCGCCAUCACAAGCUCGACCCCGGCCGAGCCCGCCCGCCAGGAGGGCACUGCCAAGCCGGCCGCCAAGGCUGCCGCUGCGGCAUCGAAGCCCAAGGCCCGCGACGGCCACGCACCGCAGCUCCACGCCGGGCACCGCUCAAAGUCGUCGACCGGACUGCACCGCGACCACCGCCACCACAAGAGCACCGACAGGCUUCCCGUCAAGCGCAACAGCCAGGUCAGGCUCGGCAACGUCUUUUCCGGCCUGACGAUGACCAAGGCGGCGCCCGCACCGGCUGCAGCGCCAGCCCAGAAGGGCAAGCUUGCCGCGACAGCCGCGCCGACCGCGGGCGCCCACAACGCCAACAAGAAGAAGCAGCCUGUCCAGUUUACCAUGGGAGGCGAUGAUUCGGACUCGUUCGAGGACGAGGACGACGAGGACCUCAUCGAAGAGGCCGCCGCGCCCGCCGAGGCCAAAGGACCGGCCCCGACCGAGGUGGUCGAGGCUGCGGAUGCGGAUGACGGCUUCGAGGACGAGGACGACGAUGAGGAGUGGGCGAGCGAUCCCGAGGCCGAAGAGGCCGAGCGGCAGGCGCAGGCGGCCGCGGCCGCGGAGCGUCGUCGGCGCGAGGAGGAGGAGCACCAGAGGUCCAUGUUCCAGAAGAUCCCGAUUCGCUCCAAGAGUGCCGCCGACGUCCGUCUGGCCCUCCCGCAGGAGCAGACCAGCGCCGGGCCAUCGCCGCCGCAGCAGCCGGUUCGGGGCCUGCUCAGCUCGCUCUUCCACCCGGACGAGCAGCACUCGCCUCCGGGCCAGCUCGCCGGCCGCCCUCACGCAAGCGCGGCCGACCUGCGCGCCAAGCCGAGCUUGUCUAGCGGCCUCGCCCUCAGCCAAAAAGCUGCCGCGUCAAAGAGGCGGCCCCGCAGCCGAGAGAAUGCGUCGUCGGGCGCAACGGGCAGCACCAGCACCAGCGGCAGCGGCAUCCAGGCAGGGCCCUUCUCUGGCGGCCUGCGCACCAGCAAGAGCGCCGUGGCGCUUCCUCUGCUCGACACCUCGGUGACGCGGUCCUCGACUGGCGGAGGCAAGGCUCGACAGCAGCAGCAGCAGCAGCAGCAGGAAUCCCAGCACUCGCAGCAGACCAACGCAUUGGGCCGGCGCGCCUCUGACCCUCAGGGUUCCAUCGACGAUGGCGCGAGCAACAGCAGCCACGGAUCGACGGGCGGCAAGCCCAGCAGCGUGGCCAUGGCCAAGCUCAAUGCGCUGGCCCACAUGCGUUCGCACGCCGACCGCGACCGCAGCGGCCAGGCCGGAGUGGAUGCAGCCACGCGCGAGGCCGAGUCGCGGGCGAUGCGACUCGAGGUCAGCCCAUCGAACGACGACAUUGAGGAGUCGGGCGCGGGUCUGCCCAACCACCUGCAGGCCCAGCAGCAGCAGCAGCAGCCGUACCACCACGGCAUGGGCGCGCGGUCCAAGAGCGAGAACGCCUCUGCGGGUCCGAUGGCGGCGCCCGCGCUGUCGCGGCACCGUUCCAGCCUGGACCUGCCCGAGACGGCGGCUCCGCAGACGCCGCGGACGACGCGGCGCAACAUGCUGCGCGACGAGCUGUCCGAGAGCCUGCGGCAGAACCUGCUGUGGGAGCGGCAGUCGCGGACGCGCAUGCUGGGCAUCGGCACCAAGAAGGAGACGGUGCUGGGCGGCAACCAGCUGCGGCCGCUCACCUCGGCGCACCCCGCCGGCUCCGGCUCUGGCUCGGCGCAGCAGCAGCAGCAGCAGCAGCCGAAUGCCAAGCCGAAGCGGUACAGCGAGGAGUGGGGAUCGUUCCACCACAAGGGAUGGUAG